AUGGUCCACGAUGUACCCCUCCCUCCUAUCCAAGAAGCAGACAGACGUUUGAGAGUCUUCAGUCACAGGGGUCUUCCCAAAGACAAUACCCGUUUUGCUCUUCUCGGAGCCGCUCUCCUCGGAACGAUCGCCACCCUGUACAAGUUGGUCCAGUUCCCGGAUGGGACGAGCGGAGAUAUCACUGAAGAACGCAGUGAACUCAUGAGGCAGGACGCGAUGGCGUGGUGCACCACGCACUACGGCCUGGAAAAGCAGCUUAGAGCCCGCGAGAACACGGAGUCGGUCCGGCAGGCCGCCUCUGCACAAGCCACGCUCUUUCAGGCUUAUGUGGCGGCGGUUUUUCUCGAAUCUAACUUUGACUUUUCUUUGAUUAGAAACUGGCUAUUCUCGCUAUGGGAUCUCAGGUCCAGUUCAUAGAGCGAUAUGGACUGAUACCUGCCGCAUGACCCGAGCGAAUGUGGUGGUAUACUCCAUUGCUCAUUCCAAGUGCUCUGAUCAGGGUUGAUCUUGGAAGUCAGCAAUGGCUGUAUGCUCUAGCAUUCCCUAGCGUGAUGAGGAGGCUCCAGGCUGUGGUCGUUCUCGAUCCUUCAUUUUCCUAGUUCUGUUUCCUGGAAUUCCGAAUGUCAAAUU